AUGGCUGGCCCUGGCCCCAAGCCAGACGCCUUCGUCAGCAAAGAGGAUGGAAACAAAUACUGGGACGGUGUCGAGGCAGAUGUCAACGGCAUGCUGGGUGGCCUGCCUGAGAAAGGCUAUGGUUUCAUAUCAAACCUCGACCUCCGGAGCUCACGGGCCUUCCUCGCAAAGCUGGGUAUCGGAACUGGGCGUGGCCGGGCGGUAGUGGGAUUGGCCCUCGAGGGCGGUGCAGGAAUUGGCCGGGUGACACAGGGUUUACUGCUCGACGUGGCAAAGGAGGUCGACGUGAUUGAGCCCAAUUCGAGAUUCACCGCAGGGCUGGAGAAGACGCCCGGCGUGCGCAGCAUCUUCAAUGUCGGUUUGCAAGACUGGCGGCCGGAAAACGGCGACAAGUACGAUCUUAUCUGGGUGCAAUGGUGUGUUGGCCAUCUCAAUGACGAGCAGCUGGUUGCCUUUUUGGAACAGUGCAAGUCAGCUCUCCAACCCGAGAGCGGCAUCAUCGUGUUCAAGGAGAACAUGAGCCAUCGCGAUACCGACGACUUUGACGAGGUAGACAGCGCUGUCACAAGAACGGAUAAGUCUUACCUAAGCUUGUUCAAGCAGGCGAAUUUACGCGUUGUCCGAACUGAACUGCAGCGAGGAUUCCCUGAGGAGUUGCUCGCCGUGAGGUCUUACGCGCUCAUGCCCAUCGAUAUCCAGGCUUAA